AAGCAUUGUGCCCACAAGGACUCUGCCCAGGAUGGAGUGUAAUGGUUAAAGGAGAGUCAAAUUCGAGUGCAUAUGACUUUGAAAUCAACUUCCUUACUGAUUCAGGUGAUCAGAUCGCUUUCCAUUUUAACCCACGUAACUCUGAAAGCAGCAUUAUCUGUAAUUCCUUUUUGUCCAGCAGCUGGGGACAGGAGGAACGUACUGAUACCUUUCCCUUUGUGGCCAAUGAACCAUUCCAGAUUGAGAUCUAUUCAGACCGUGAACAUUUCAAUGUGUUUGUGGACGACAGCAAGAUCAUACAAUACAGGCACCGCAUGAAGCAAUUCAGUGGCAUUACUAAAGUGCAGAUCUUGAAUGACAUCAAUAUUUCUUCAGUAGAGGUCACAAGACGUGAGCUGUAUGAGUGAUAGAUGUUAUUCCAAUGCACAUAAUACAUAAACUAAAUUUUCUCCUUAAUUCCUUUAUAAUGAAUUAGUACAACCAGGGACAUGAUUA